GUUCGCAGUUCCAAAGAGCACUAUUAUGAAGGCAGCCAACGCUUUGCAAGAUAACCUAAUUGAUACAGAGAAGAGAAGGGAACAAGUUGGAUUUCUGUUUCUGACUUCACGGUUUGAAAGCACACGUUAAGUUGGCACAACUAUGACUGCAGAAAUUUGGGACGUUAUUAUUGUUGGCGCUGGACUAUCUGGUCUGAGUGCAGCUCAUUUGCUCAGGAAAAGGAAUGCCAAGUUGAAAAUACUGAUACUGGAAGGAAAAGAUCGGGUGGGAGGUCGCACAGUGUCCACUGAAAUACCAGCAGCCAGUGGUGUUGAUCACUGGGACAUGGGAGGGCAGUGGGUAGGAAGCACCCAAACACAUAUCUUGGAGCUCAUAAAGGAGCUGGGCUUAGAGACCUUCCCCCAAUUCAAUGUUGGCAAGAAGGUGCACCACAUGGGAGGACCAGGUGCCAAAGUUCGCACCUACAGAACCAGUAUCCCUGCUCUAUCCCCAGUGGUGCUAAUGGACCUCACCCAGAUUCUGUGGAAGAUUGGCAGAUUGUGUGCCACAGUGUGCGUCGAGGAUCCUUCAAGGACUCCCAAUGCGGUUGAACUGGACAGCAUGACCCUGCACUCGUACAUCGAGCAACACGCUUGGACUGCAGAACUAAAAGAGGAGAUGGGACUGUGUAGCAGGUCUGUCUUUGGCAUGGAGCCAUCCCAGAUGUCCUUCCUAUUCUUCCUCAUGUAUGCUGCAGCAGCUGGAGGGGUACUGCAACUGCUGGAGAGUGCUCCAGGUUCAGCUCAAGAGCUCAAGAUAAAGGGAGGCACCCAACAGCUUUCACAGUGUCUGGCAGACCGUGUUGGGUGGAAGAAUGUCCGGCUGGGUUCUGCUGUGACGGCCAUAUGGCAGGAUGCUGAGUGGGCCAAGGUGACAACCACCACCAACACCUUCUUGUGCAGAGCUGUGAUUGUCACCAGCCCCCCUCACUUGGCAGCAAAGAUCCACUACCAGCCAGCCCUGCCCAGCCAGAGAGAAUUUCUUACGCAGAACAUGCCUGUGGGCCACAUGAUAAAAUUCAUUAUUACCUACCAGACGGCUUUUUGGAAGGAGAAGGGCUUCUCUGGAGAAAUAGUGGCAGGAUCCUCCAGUGAGUGUCCAUUCUGCGUUACAUUUGAUGCCACCAGCCCCAGCGGUAAUGCUGCUUUGGUAGGCUUCAUUGCCGCCCAGCAGGCUUCUCGAUGGAGCUCCGAGGAGGGUGGGGAGAGAAGAAAAGCUGUGUUUUCCAGUCUGGUCAAAUACCUAGGUCCUGAAGCUGCAUCUUUCCUCCACUAUGAAGAGAAAGACUGGGCUAAGGAGGACUACAGCGGGGGCUGCCCUGUUAAUGUCAUGGCACCAGGUCUGCUAACAUAUUACCACCCCAGCCUGAGGAAGCCCUGUGGCAGGAUCCACUGGGCAGGCACAGAGACAGCCACCCUGUGGUGUGGGUACAUGAGUGGUGCUGUACAAGCUGGUCAGCGAGCAGCUCUGGAAGUACUGGCUGAACUCUGCCCCAUGGCCCUGACCCAGGAGGAGCAGGAAGCAAUGCAGCACAGCCAAACUAUCAAGGGUGCUGCCAAGCAAACAGCAUCAUCCAAACUUGUGUACCAGUUCACAAAAAAGACUAUGGUCAUAGCAACACUGGCAAUAGGUGCAGCUCUCUUGCUGGCUCAGAAUCAAAAUGCAUUGCUAAAGGUCAAAACUUACUUGACGAAGGGAUUUUAAAACAACCAGACACAAUAUUUUCCUACUGUAACAGACCUGGAAAACAGGUGUGCAAUUCACCCGUUUUGGUUUUGAUUUAGACAGAAAGGUUUUGCUAGGGCUCCAAAAUAAAAAACGUUCUGCCUACUGAUACCUGACCUUUUUUGUUUUUGUUUUCACAUACUGCAUAUUUCACAGCAAAGUUUGAAAGUUAAAGUCAAUAACAAUAUUUUCAUUAGGCCUAUAUUGUAUUGUACUAUUGGUAAAUUGUGGCAUUGGUCAAUAGGUUAUAUCAAAAUUACUCUAUAUUGACUUAGAGUGUGCAGAUAAAUGACAAAGUGCUCUUUAAGCAUUUGAGGUAUGUUCUCUGCCAUGUUGUUUCUUACGGUACAAUUAUAUUGGGGUAUAACAUAAUUUAAAUUAUGAGUUGUUGAUUUACAUUAACAUUUAUUUUUCGUUUUAAUACAAUUAUUUUUAUUAGGGACCCUCACUUUCAUUUUUUUUUUAUCAUUUGCUCAUAAAAGAUUAUAAGAAUUCUUUUCUGUAGCAAUAUCUACAGAAAUCCACUAGAGAUAUUUGCACCUCAUGUCAUUUGCCUUUUCAACAUUGACAAUUGUGUCCAUAAAAUAGGAUGUGCUUUGAAGCUUAGGGCUUCACAGCAACCAUGUUGAAACCACUUUCCAGUGAGAAAAUGGAGCUUUCAUACAGCAUGCCUUACAUUGUUUCCCAGAGAGCCAUAAAACCUGCCUGAGAGGCUUGGAGCACAGCCACACAUGCGUCUGUGCGCCCACAAAGCCACCAACAGACAUUCGAAUGAGCAUAAGAUGGAUGAACCAGUCACAUAAUGACAACGUCCCACAGAAAGUGAUUUAAUCGCCAUCACUUGAUUGCACAGUCGAUUGUCAGUCCCCAUGUCUCUCCUGGAGUAUCUCAAACGCCCAUUGAUCAUUGGAUGGUAGUCUGUGACUCCAUUGGCGCCAUGGCUUGUUAUUUGGCUUUGUUGCACUGGAUAUACUGCCUGUUCUCUCCAGUUUCAUUUAAGCCAAUACAGGCUGAGUCUAGAGUCUAGUCUUACCCUGAUCUGUGACCGAUGGAGGAGCAUCUUGGCGGAAGGGAUUUAAAUCUUUAACUGAAAAUGUCUGGGAAAAGAAAGUCUUAAGUGUGGGUGCACUUUGAAAUCGUAAAAGAUGAUGCAAAGUAAGAUGCAAGUUGUGUGCCACCGCCCGAUACAGGAGCACAGAAGUAAAAGUAGUCAAGGGCCCACGCAGCAGGACAGACGUUUGCUCUGUGCGCUCCGCUUUUCGUCACCGAGGGUGCAUGCCAGCUGCUGACUGCUUAAGUGAAACACGAGCUCCAAACAACUUUCAAUUCAUCUUCUCCACCCCUGCACCACUUAUGCAAUAAGAAGCUACUAUUUUUAUGUCUCGUGUUGCAUGUUUUCAUAGAGAAAAAGGUGCUAUACACACACACACAACCUGAAGAAGUCUGAAUGUUUACCAUGUUUAAUUUUAAGCUUCAAAGUUCAAAUUUAUUGUAAAAAAAAAAGCAAAUCAAUAGCACAGAUAUCACAAACAACAUAUUGUGUUUUCAUAACGAAUCAGGAAGGAAGACAGUAUGCUCGAUAUUUUGAUGCUCUCAAGAUAAGGGUGAAAUGCAAUCAUGAAUUUCAGCCCCUGAUAUUUUUAAAGCCUGGAAUACAUAAAUUAAA